AUGGCGUCAACUGCGGCGGAGAAAACGGCGACUAAGCCGCUCCACGCUGUGGUAUGCGGGGGAGGCGUUAUCGGCGCGUGCACUGCGUUUUACCUGGCGGAGAAGGGGGUCAAAGUAACGGUCGUCGAGAAGUGCCACGUGGCAUGCGCUGCUUCCGGAAAGGCGGGUGGAUUUCUAGCAUUGGAUUGGUGCUCCGGCCCUACUGGGAAGCUCGCACAGCUGAGCUAUCGUCUUCACGAGCAGCUAGCACAGCAGUUCGGCGACUGUUACGGUUACCGCAAGGUGCACACGCUCAGCCUCCAGGUCACCGAACCCAAGAAACCCUCCACUGCUGGUGGGCAGCGAACAAAAGUUUCCACGCUGCCCGAAUGGAUAGACGGGCCAGUGCGGGGAGUCCAGACAAUGGGAUCACCAGCUACAACUGCCCAGGUUCACCCACAACUGUUCACUGAGACUCUCCUUAGAGUGGCGGGGGAGAGGCAUGGGGUGGAGGUACAGCUGGGGGAGGUUCAAGACGUUGCUGUGGCGCCAGUGGGGGAUGCUGGUGCUCCCUCUAAAGUCACUGGUGUGAUUGUAGAUGGUGCUACAGUGGCAGCUGAUAUUGUGGUGUUUGCACUGGGUCCCUGGUCCGGCAAAAAUCGUCUCGUAGCACGGCUGGGCCAGAUCACAGGUCUGAAGGCAAAUAGCAUUGUGGUCCGGCCGAACCAGAAUCCCGAAGCUGUGUCCAACCAUAUGCUCUUCCUGCAGUACAGGACAAAAGACGGGCGGCAUGCAGACCCGGAAAUUUACCCCCGGCCAUCCGGGGAAGUUUACCUCUGCUCCGUCACCGAAGGGGAUAAUUACCUUCCGGAUAAUCCCGAGGAAAUCACCACCACUCCAGGAGUCCCGGAGUUCUUAAAACGAGUUGGAGCUACUGUGUCGUCAGCACUAGCAGAUGUGACUAUAGUGAAGGAGCAGGCAUGCUUCCUGCCAUGCUCCCAGGACAAUGUGCCUGUAAUAGGGCCUGUGCCGGGGAUGCAAGGGGCGUAUGUAGCAACGGGUCACAGCUGCUGGGGCAUUCUGAACGCCCCUGCUACAGGCCUAGCUGUAGCAGAGCUCGCUGUGAACGGCAGGGCCAGCUGUGUGGACCUUGGACCCUUCGACCCUGCUCGGUUCUUGUAA